AUGGCUGCUCCUGGAAGCAAGGGCAAGGUCUGCCUCGCCAUUGUCGUUCAGUACUCGGGAGGUCUCGACACCAGCACCAUUUUGAUGUGGCUUCUCGAGGAAGGAUACUCUGUUGUCUGCUACCUUGCGAACGUCGGACAGGAGGAAGACUGGGCUGCGGUCGAGAAGAAGGCUCUUCAGAUCGGUGCCGAGCGCAUGGUCAUUGAUGAUCUUAAGCGCGAGUUCGUCGAGGAGCUCUGCUGGAAGGCUGUCCAAUGCGCUGCUGAGAAGUACGGCUGCGACUUCGUUUCCCACGGCUGCCUCGCCUUCUACACGAUCAACCCGUCCAUCAAGGUCAUUGCUCCUUGGCGUUUGAGCUCCUUCUACAACCGUUUCCAGGGCCGCAACGACCUCUUGGACUACGCUGCUGAGAAGGGCAUUCCCGUCACUUCCACGAAGGCCAAGCCCUACUCCAUGGAUGACAACUUUGCCCACUGCUCCUACGAGGCUGGUAUGCUCGAGGACCCCAACGUCACUCCCCCUGAGGACAUGUGGACCAAGACUGUCUCCCCCCUCAAGGCCCCGGAUGCCCCCUUGGACAUCACCAUUCAUUUCGAGAAGGGUCUCCCUGUCAAGGUCGUCACUCCUGAGCAGACUACCUCCAGCGACUCCGUCGAGAUCUUCGGUCUCCUCAACAAGCUGGGUGGCGAGCAUGGUGUUGGCCGAUGCGACAUCGUCGAGAACCGAUUCGUCGGACUGAAGUCGCGUGGAUGCUACGAUUCCCCUGCGAUGACGAUCCUUCGCCGGGCUCACAUCAACCUUGAGGGCCUUGUUCUGGACGGCCGCGUCCGCUCUCUGCGCGACAACUUAAGCAAGCAAUGGGCUGAGCUCCUGUACAAUGGAAUGUACUUUAGUCCUGAGCGAGCCUUCUUGCAGCCGAGUCUCGACUUUGCCCAAGAGCGUGUUAACGGCGAGGUCCGCCUCCGCCUGUACAAGGGCAGCGUCUACGUCCUUGGCCGUUCCUCUCAGGAGAAGCUCUACUCCGAGGAGGACGCCUCCAUGGACUCUCUCACCACCUUCGACCCCUCUGAGACGUCUGGUUUCAUCACCAUCAACGCUAUCCGCCUCAAGAAGUAUGGUAUCCAGAUGACCGAGGCUGGCAUCAAGUUCUAG